AUGAUGUCAAGUACAUUUAUAUUUCGUACCGGGAAUCGAUUUAGAAAAUUAGAGUCUCCUAGCUUUGUGAAAGUGUCAAAGAAGGUUUAUGAUCAUAAUUAUUCAGGAACGCCAAUCAUUAAUCUGCAAAUCUUAUUAAGAAAUAUUUAUAACGGUGACACUUUAAAAGCUUUUGGUAGAAGCAAAGUUGCGGUAGCUAGCAUAUUGAUGCGGGCUUUGUCAGUAAAGAGUGUUAUUAACGCUAGUUCGGUUAUAUUAUAUCAUGUGGCGUUACUAUUUGUCUUCACAACUUUCAGUGCGGUAUCAGCGCACCCGAUAAGCAGUGCUACUCAAGAAGUGGCGGGUUCUGAACCACCCUUAACUAUUCUUAUUUCAUAUGAUGGGUUCCACCCCUCAUAUGUCAAUUCGAAAAGUACUCCUUUCAUGCAUUCGUUGUUAGUAGGAUACCAUAAUGAAAGUGGCGUGAUGACAGCGCCAUAUAUGCGCCCAAGUUUCCCAUCAGAGACGUUCCCCCAGCACUGGACUUUGGUUACGGGUAGACGGCCUGGCUCCCACGGGUUGGUAGCAAACCGCUUCUACGAUGUAGACUUGAAAAAGACAUUUACAUAUACCAAAUCUCCACAGGACCCUCGGUUUUGGAUGGGCGCUGAUCCUAUCUGGUAUGUUGCUCAGAAGGAUCUCCGUAAAUCUAACUACAAGGUUGGUGUACAUUUCUGGCCAGGCUCAGAAGCGGUGUAUGACGAGCCAUACCAAGAGAAGGAGUUCAGGGUGCCAUAUAUUUUUGACAAGUUUGACCAAUUCGAAUCGAUGGAACAAAAAUUGGGAAGAUUGUUUGAACUUGUUGAUAUGCCUCCUCAAGAAAAACCCAACAUGAUUUUAACGUACGCUCCCGAAGUUGAUUCGGUUGCCCACGACUACGGAAACUCGUGGGAUCUCCCCUUGUUACAUGACGCCUUAACAAAAGUGGAUGAUUUUUUGAAGAAUGUCAUGCAGGGACUUCACGAUCGUGGAAUUGCAGGUAAUACCAAUGUUAUCGUGGUGAGUGACCAUGGUAUGGCGCGGCUUUCAAAAGAAAAGAAUAUUUAUUACUUAAAAGAUUACCUCUCUGAGGAGGAGUAUAAUCGCAUUUCGCAUAUUAGCGGGGCAGUGAAUACCGCUAUUCAUAUUAAAAACGAAGACCAUGAUGUUAGAAAUUUGAUAGAUUUUUACUUUUUAUUGAAGGAGAAGUUUGCUGACUUGCCCUUCGACGUUUACUUGAGAGAAGAGAUCCCAUUGAGAUAUGAGUACCAGGGCAAACACAAUUCAAGGAUCGCGCCUUUGUGGAUCAUGGCGCGCCCUAAUAAUUACUUAGAUGUGUCAAACAAGAAACCCGCGACGCCUGAAAAAGGUGAAAUGGGGUCGCAUGGAUAUGACAAUCGUCACGUUGACAUGCGGGCUCAUUUUAUCGGAAUUGGACCAUACUUCGGCACGGAUAAUAAAACAAGGUAUCUAGCUCCUUUUGACAAUAUUGAAGUAUUUCAAUUAUUAUGUGACAUGAUUAGAAUACCGGAGCGUCGCCCAUCAGAUGCCACUUGGUCAUGGCCUUUUAGUGGAAUGUCCGAGGCAGAAUGGGAUUCGAUAUCUUUGCCUUCCGGCUGGUGUGAAUAUAACCCAUAUCUAGAGAAAAGAUACAAUGGCAGUACAUUUAAUCUCUUGUGGAAUUGUGCCAAGCCGAACGACGAUGCUUUCAAUGUUAUCUCUGCCCCUGACAGCAACAUACCGAGACGCGAGGGUGUUUUAUCCGCACUGAAUAUGUGA